AUGACACUUAAUACAGGCUACAAUAAUCCGUACAGAAUAUCACCAGAUUUUGGUUACUACACAGCUUGCCAAAAAUCCAUAUCAUUAUAUCUUUCACAGUUAGUUGCUCAGGAAACUCUCACUUGGGACUCGUCCAACGAAAAUUGUCCAUUGUAUCGCUUGCCCAAUAAUUACGAGAGUUAUUUGGCUUGCGAUUUCGUUCGAAAUCGUUGGUAUGAGUUGUUCUUUUCAAGUGCUAUACAAUAUGAAUUAUAUUACAAAAAAAUUUACCGGAAAUUUUGGGCAAAUUACACAAGUACCUUCCUUAUUAAACCAACUUAUGUGGUUCGCAAAAAUGGCACUGAAACUGAUUGGCUCUCAGACUUAAUAUCAUUGCAAAUAAGGUUAAAGGAUUGCAACUAUGCGGAAUAUUUAAUUAGCAUCGAUCCAUUUUGGCCAGUACCAUUAUCAGUUACAUUGCGUUAUCGUAUAAGGACAACAGUUCAUGUUCAUUAUGUUUCUAUCUUAUUCAAUUCUACUAUAAAUCGAUGGAAAUCAUCAAUUUUCCCUAUAAUAUCAUCGACAUUUCUUCAUGAACUUUGUAUUCAAGUUUGUACCUUUUAA